CUUCCCUAGUGUUAGCUAAACAACAUCACGACCUUUAAAGUGGCCAACCCCGGUCGAAUGAAGUCCGGACACAGGUUUUAGCAUGUCAAAUUUUGCCAUGAGUGCCCUGUGCCGUAUUUUAACUAGGGGAGUGUAUUGCGGCCCGUCGUCUUGUUUAUCUGUAACGGGACUUCGGGAUUUUUGCAGCGGAGUCUCGCGACUGGACCGUGCUGGCAGUGACAGCCCUGUAAAUUUGACCUACGAUGUGUUUGAUGGGAAAGGAGACAGCACGCCAUUGGUGUUCCUUCAUGGUUUAUUUGGGAGCAAAUCAAACUUUCACUCCAUAGCCAAGUCCCUGGUUCAGCGGACUGGCAGGAAGGUGCUGACAGUAGAUGCUCGCAACCAUGGCAAAAGCCCACACAGUCCUGUCUUGACCUACGAAGCAAUGACUCACGAUCUGACGCAUCUGCUUGGACAGCUGCACAUUGGGAAGUGUGUCCUGAUUGGACACAGCAUGGGUGGCAAGGUUGCAAUGACAACAGCUUUGUCACAGCUUAGUUUAGUGGAACGUUUGGUGGUCGUGGACAUUAGUCCCUCUCCGACUUCAGCCCACACCAGUUUCCAUGCCUACAUUCAGGCAAUGAAAGAGGUGAAGAUAGCCAGUAAUAUCCCACGUUCAACAGCACGAAGACUGGCUGAAGACCAGCUCAGGAAGAUCGUUAAGGAGCGUUCAGUGCGUCAGUUCCUCCUUACUAACCUGGAGGAGCAAAAUGGUCACUAUGGCUGGAGGAUUAACCUGGAAGCCAUCUCAAACCACCUAGAAGACAUCAUGGGUUUUCCUGAUUUUAAUAACACCUAUGAGGGUCCAACUCUUUUCUUGGGUGGCAGUAGUUCAGCCUAUAUAAGCUCGGAAGAUUACCCUGAAAUCCAGAGGCUCUUUCCUUGUGCCGAUAUCCAGUACAUCCCAGAUGCCAGUCACUGGAUUCAUGCUGACAAGCCUUUGGAUUUCAUCAGCUCCAUAAUAACCUUCUUACAAUCAUAGUCCUUGUCUCAGGAAAGGAUACGCACAGGUGGGCCCAAUCAUAAAGGGACAGUGAAUGAAUUGUAAGGGUAUGGACCAAGAUGACUUUUAAUGAGUUAAAUCUAGUCUCUUUCCUUAUAAUGCACAACUGAAUCGUUACACAAUUCCUGAUAGUUAGUGUAUUCAUUUUUUAAUGUGGUAUUUGCACUGUGGCUUAACAUAGUACAUUAAAUGCAAUUCUAUCAAGAGGAAAUGUAGAAAUCUGUCCAUGACUUUCAAUCAAGGACAUUUGUUUGUAGCUCUCAAGUGUAACAUGUUACAUAACAAUGGAUCCAGUGGCUUUAAAAAACAAAAUACUUUACCUUCAUGAAAU